UCAAGCACAUAUUGUUGCAGUGGUUUCAGUUGGAGGACGAGUGUCAAGUAUCAAGUGUUCCUUUGAGCAGAGGAUUACCAGACCUCUCUCCUUGUCCAGUGCUUAGUGAUGGACGUGGGGGAAAAUUCACCCACUGCAGCUGCAGACCUGACUGACAAGCAACCAGGAGAGAACCAGGGACUGCUAAAGGCCUACAAGUGGUUUACAGGCCCCAAACAGAAUGCCAGGAGGUACAAGGAAGAAGAGGAGCAGGCAGCUACAGAGAAGCAGGUGGCAGGUGACGGGGACCUGAAGGAGAAUGCUCAAGGUGCAGAGGCUCCGCUGCAGGAGAAUCAGAGAGAGCUGUCUCCAAGCCCCGAGGAUGCGAGAAGUCCUGAGCAGGACCAACUACCCCAGGAUGAAGUCCAGGUUACAGGGAACAAGAAGGACCAGCUCUUCAAGAAAUCCAGCCAACGGCGCAGUCAGUCUGAGCUGACUAAAUCGACAAGAGGUCCAGGCCGGAACCUGAGGAAGGUGAAGUCGGACUCGGCGGAGAAGAUCCGGAGUUUCCUAACUUCGGUUUCCAACCGGCUAUCCAGGAAACGUUCCCUCCAGGAACCAGUGCAGGAACCGCCCCCUCAAGAUGAACCCGACGCAGGGGCUGAAUGCGCGAGUCAGUCCCCUCCUAUAUCGUUGGUGCCUUCAGCUAGAGUGCCAGUUUGGGACGUCAAUAACUGCACACUGGUAGAUGGUCAGCUCCUUCUGAUGUCACGGGAUGACGAGACUAGUUACAGGUCACGGCUCUGUACUGGCAGUUCAAUGUCUGAGAUCAGCCUCACACCUUCACACAACUGGGAGUCAACAUCUGGAAAAAAGAGUCCUCCUGCUGUGAGGAAAUCGGAACGGACUGGAGCGUCCAGUGAGGGUCCUGUGAACAACGUGAAGAAUCUGAUCAAGAAAAGAUGGAAGAAGAGCCGAAGCCUAGCAGAACCAUUAGAAUCUCCACACGGAAAGAGCACCAGGCGCCAGAGCAUCCAGAAGAUGGGAGAGGCUGUAUCCUACGAGUCAUUGACGGGCUCUUUGAACCCAAUAGAAACACUCGAUCUGACUAACGAGACCAAUGUCAUCAUCAGGCCACUGCACAGCAGCAUUCUGGGAGAGAAAUACUGCUUUGAGGUUAUCAACUCAAGGGGGAGCCGCUGCUUUGGCUGCACAUCAGCUGCAGAGAGAGACAAGUGGAUGGAAAAUCUGCUUCGAACAGUCCAGCCCAACAAGGACAACCGUGAGAGGGUGGAGAACAUGUUGAGCCUGUGGGUGAAUGAAGUGAAAGACUUGACACCCAGGAAGAAGUACUUCUGUGAGCUGCAUCUCGAUGGGUCCCUCUAUGCCCGUACGACCAGCAAGUUCAACACUGAGGAGCUGUUCUGGGGGGAGCACUUCGAGUUCAACAACCUUCCUCCCAUGAAGGAAGUCACCCUGCACCUCUUCAGGGACGAGGACAAGAAGAGGAAGGAGAUGAGCGCCCUCGGCUCUGUCACCAUCCCGCUGGCGGAGGUCAUGGGACGCCAUCACGUGGAGAAGUGGCACAGCAUCAACGUCCAGACCCUCAACAAGGGCAAGGUGGUCAUGCCAACGAUCAGACUCAGCCUGCGUUACCAGAACAUCAAGGUCCUGCCCAUGAUACACUACAAGGAGUUUGCGGAGUACCUGAUCUGUAAUCAUACCACCCUGUGCACUGUGCUGGAACCGGACUUGAAAGUGAAGGAGAAGGAAGAGGUGGCCUCAGCGUUGGUUCAUGUCCUACAAAGUGUUGGCAAAGCCAAGGACUUCCUCAUCAAGUCGGGGAUCGCGGAGGUCGAUCGCUGUGAGGAAAACCACUCAGUGCUCUUUAGAGAAAAUACCUUGACCACCAAAGCGAUCGAUGAAUACAUGAAGCUGGUGGGACAGAAGUACCUGGUGGACACUCUUGGAGACUUCGUAAUAAGGCUCUAUAAUCCUGAAGAAAAUUAUGAAGUUGAUCCAAACAAGUGCCCAGCCAAUGACGCAUUGGAAAACCAAUCCAAUAUGAGGGAAAGCUGUGAAGAAGCAUUUAAGCAGAUAAUGGAUUCCCAAUGUGCCUUUCCCGAUGAGCUGAGGCAGAUAUUUGCGGCUUGGCAACAGGAGUGUAUCAACCGAGGGAAGAUGGACAUCGGGCAGAGGAUGAUCUGUGCUUCGCUCUUUCUGCGGUUCCUUUGUCCGGCAAUCAUGUCUCCCAGCCUCUUCAACCUGACUCAGGAGUAUCCCAAUGACAGCACCGCACGGGCUCUCACCCUCAUCGCCAAGGUCAUUCAGAACUUGGCCAACUUCACCACGUUCGAAGACAAGGAAGGCUACAUGACCUUCAUGGAUGACUUCCUGAUGUCGAACCGGGAGAACAUGACGCUCUUCCUGACGAGAAUUUCCAAUUCAGAGCCCAACAUGAAUCCCUCGGAGUUUGAAGGUUGCAUCGACCUCGGGCUGGAACUUUCCAUCCUGCACUCUCUUCUCUGUGACAUUGUCUCUCGCUUGGACCAGCACAAACUCAACAAGCUGCAGCCCCUCCCUGCCAUCCUCAACGGGAUUACCCACUUAAUGGAGAACCCAAAUGCACCACCGAUACAUCACCAGGAGUUCAGCCCUUAUAACCGGGAUGACAAACCAACCUACGUGGCCCCCAAGGACGUCAAUCUGGUCAGCGCGUCUCUGUUGAGCUUGCAUAAGGCCACGGUGGAAGAGCAGAACUUGGGCCACGGCAGGUUGCCGAGCAACAGCGCGGCCACGGUGAAACGCACCCAGAGCGCGCCAGCGCGGAAGAGACCCAGCGUAGCGCAGACCUCGCCCACUUGCCAGCCAGGUUCGGACAAGGGAAGUCACGCUGACCGAGACACUAUCGCCAGUUUGCCAGACAGAGGCUACAGCACCUUAACGAAGAUGCCAUACUCUGGCACCCACUCGCUAAGGUCGCCACACCCUCGCACGCACAUCAGCCCCCAUCCGAAGAUGCAGACCCACCACCCCCGCCUAAUGCCGGUCGAUUCAUUCAGGAAGUCCCAAGUCCCUUGGGAACGCAACGCUGGAAGUGAGAAGUGGUCUUCGCAGACAGAGUCAGAAAAUCAAGGCAACAAACCUUUCGAGAAGCACGAGCAAGAAAUCGCCAGUCUGCAGGAGGCUGUGGGGACAAUCGACCAGGAGAUGAAGGAUCUUAAAACCUGCGUGACCGAACGUGUUGAGCAGACACUUCAGGAGAGUGAGGAGAAGCAGAAGAAAGAACUGGGAGAAAGGGACAAAUUGAUCACAAAACUCACCAGCAGGCUCGAAUCGAUUGAAGAGGAAAGGAAAAAGGAUAUUGAAAAGUUAGAAAUCGCUGCCCAGAACCAGCAGAAGAUUGAGAGUUUGGAGAGUCGCCUGCUUUCAAUGGAGGAACAGUACAUGGAAUUAAUGAACACUGUCAGCAAGAUGAGGGACAACCAGCAGCCAGCAGUCCCCAGCCAGGUUGCUCCUACAGAUGCCUUGGUCGAGGCUCCUUCAAGCCCCAGCCUCCCUUCUCCAUCUGAACCCAAGACACAACCAGAUCCCACUGAGCCUCAAAUCAUGGAGAAUGGCCAAGUCGAGAAUGGCAGUGUUUAAGAACUUCCUUCAACCCCUGGACUGUGGUUUCACCAUGUGAAAUUUCAAAGAAAAAAAAUCACAUGCAUUCAUAAUUCUUCCUGGUUACACAUCCAAGUUUAUUGUCAUGGGCCUACAUACCUAGGGUAUAAAUGCCAUGAAACUCUUUAAGUGUUUUCAUUAUGUAUGGUCCAAGCCUCGGAUAAAGCCAUCAAUAUUCUUAAGGACCAGGUGGCCAAACUCCUUUGAGGUCAGGAGUGUUAGCAGAGGGGUAGGCAAUCAUUGCUGGAGCAUAAAAAUGGGGAUCCAAUUUGGAGCUCAACGUACAUGGAGUCCCAUAACACAUACACCACAGAAGCAGCUCACGCGACUGGAAGUCUGUACUCUAGUUGAAUCUCCACACACCGUUCCUACUUCAAACCCAUUGCAUCUUCAAAAGUCUGGGCCACAUUAAAUUUCUGAUUUUGCUUGUCACAUUUGCUGCUGCGUUUUUCACCAUAUUAGCUUACCAUCUGAGACCCUUCCUGCUGGGCUCUGUACAUGUCACACCCCUCCUCAUGCUGAGACUGCUGUUACACAGAUCUUUGAGACUUUCAGUCAAAUUGUGACCAACUUAAAUUGAAAACAUAUUGUAGGUUGCAAUUAAUCUAAUAUGUCUUGCUGUAAAUAGUGUGUUUUUUUAAAAAAAGAAAAUGGUUCUCAGGGCAUUUGUUACUCACCUAUAAUUGUUCGUUGAGAAAGUGACGAUGAGCUGUCUUCAACCACAGUAGCCCCACAGCAUUGCUAACUAAUUAUAUUUCCUGUAUUAAGCUAGCAGCAAUAAAGGAAUAUCAAAAUGUGUCAAAGAUGUUGUGGUCUGCAUUUUAAAAGCAAACGUUGGAAGGGGUGUAAUUUUGGAAGAAAUAUUAUUUUGUAAACAGUUUCAAAUGUAAGAUUUCUAUAGUUUUGUACAAUAUUUUGAUCAACAGGUGAUUAAAAAUGUGAAACAUUGCUGGAACAAAAAGCAUAUUUUGCUUUGGAUUAGCAAGGUUCAGUGUUUGCUUCCUGAUUGGCAUUGAUACGAUGAGCUGGAAUACCUUGUUCGUUUUGCAACAUGAUUUAAGAAAGGUUGCAUUGGCAAAUCCUUCAUUCCCCGAAGUUGUCACACAGGAAGAACAAUAGCUCAGGUGAAUAAACCUUGAUCUUCCUAAAUGCUUUGCAGAUGAAUUUUGAAAGAUUUAACAACAUUUUAUUAGAUAUUAAAGUGGAGUAAAGGAUUUGAAGGAGAGCCUUAAAGUAAAAGCAAGAGAUGGAGAUGAGGGAAUGGCUGCUAGUGGUUUUGUGAUUAAACUUGGGGAUGUACCAGAGGUCAGAAUUCAAGAACUUAGAGGGAUAUGGGGGCUGGGGGGAAGUUGCAAAGACAGGGAGAGACAUUGAGGGAUGUUAAAACAGGACUGAAACAUACAGGGAGUCAGUGUAGGUCAGUGAGUACAGGGAUGUUGGCUGAUUGGCAGUUGGUGAAUGUCUGACAAAGCCCGCAGAGUUUUGAAUGGUCUUCAGUUUACAGAGAUUAGGAUGAGGGAGUGUAUCUGAUUAGUUGAAUCCGGCAGGGAUGAGGGUUUCAGCAACAGAUGGACUGUGGUAUGGAGGGAAAAGUGCAAUGCUGAACAGAUAAGAAGUGCAUGGUACCAGAAUUAUUUGUGAUCUCGGUGUUGCCUCAUGAACCAACCCUUCCAGUUUCACUAGUUGAUUCAUGUAUAUGCAACUAUCAUUUGUUGACAGUUAUUUAUUUUUAAUUUGACUUUUUCUUUUUAGAUUUUGAGUAAUCAUUGUUGUAAGCAAAUGGUGCACAGAUACUAAUGAUAAAUUGCAACGGAUACCUUCAGAGAAAAUGGCCACCAUUUUGUGACAUGAUCUGUGUGCCCAACAUUUUGUCAUGUCAUUUGGCUUGCGCAUCAUUUUAUGAAAUGAGGUGUGUGCCAAUCAUUUUGUGAUGUUAUAUGGGAAGGCCAUGCUUUUGUGAGAUAAUGUGUGUGCAUCUACUAUAUUGUGAUGUAAUAUGGCAUGACCACUGUCAUUUGAUAAGGUAAUAUAUGUGUCCACAUUUUGUGAUGUCAUAAUGUAUGGCUAUUACUUUGUGAGGUGUUAUAUGCACCCACCAUUUUGUGAGGUGGGAAAUGCACCCACCAUUUUGUGAGGUGGGAAAUGCACCCACCAUUUUGUGAGGUGGGAAAUGCACCCACCAUUUUGUGAGGUGGCACAUGCACCCACCAUUUUUGAGUAAACAAGUACUGAAAAAGUGUAUAUUUGUACCAAACUGGCCCUUACUUUGUUUUGAAGCAUUUCUAACAUCUGCAUAGCUACUCAAAUAAAUAAUAAAAAAUAUGUUA